AUGGCUAGAAAUGCAGAAAAAGCUAUGACCACAUUGGCGCGUUGGCGUGCAGCACAAGUUCAAGAAGCAGGUGGCCAGCGAGAACGCAGGCCAUACCUUGCAUCAGAAUGUAAUAACUUGCAGCAGGCAGAAAGAUGGAGACUGCAAAUAGUAAGAGAAAUUGCGAAGAAAGUUGCUCAGAUUCAAAAUGUGUACAUUUUUUUUGUUAAGUUAUUAACAAGACAAACCGAGAAGAUGGAUGAAAAUCAAACUGCAGUAUAUAAUUCACCACUUAUAGCAUCCCCAAAGGAACUCAGUAUAAGAUCGCAAAACGGUACUGAAUUGACUGCUUCAGCUGUCGCAUCUAUUCAAAACAAAGUACCGAUAACACCGAUACAGUCUCCGAAACAAAAAUCGUCUGUAAGUGGUUCUACAAGGGUCUCACCACAAGCUACUUACCCGUCGUCGCCUACUAAAAGCUCUCUUCAAUUAUCAAUUAAAAGCCAUACGAGAUCCAAAAGUCAAUCAGUGCGACCAGGUCAAGAGGAACGAAAAAGUAUUAGAAGUACUGACCUCGGCAGAGAAAUUAUCGAUAGAAGCUCACGUAAGUCAGAUCAAACGUCUGAACUCGCAAAAAAAAUAUCCUUAAAUGGUGAAGAAAAUGUUAAGAAACGUUCACAAGAUCCGGCAUUAGAUCAAGAAAAUUCUAACAACCCUGUUUUGCAUAGAAAUAUAGAUAAAAUAAAAAGUAUGAGUAAAACGCUUACGAAUGAAGCUAACGCAUUGAGAGAUUCUAUAAGAACCUUAACAGAGAAUAUUGUUCGCACUAAAGAAGAAAUGAAUAUUGUUCAAGAAGAAGAUGUCAAUUUUCCGUAUCAUCUAUUUCUGAUUGAAAUCAUAAUAAACAAAAUCCAUAUGAAAUGUGAUUGCUUUGAACUAGACUGUAAUAAUCUUGUCAUAGCGGCCACGUUUUUAGGAAAACAACCGAUAAUUUUGUACGACUCGUCCUACGGAAAGAUUGAUGACUUCACUCACUUAAAUGUAGGAAAAUCAGCACUAUUUGCAAUGACGUACGACAGAAUAUGUACUAUUAAAGAUUUUAUUAUAGAUAUUAAUAUAACGAAACAACCGCCAUGCUCCAGUUGCGUAUCAAAAAUAGCCGAAUCUAAAGUCGAUUAUUCAAAAGAAUUCAUAGAACUUCGAGAGGAACUUUGUAAGAAAUGGAUAAAAGAGCAACCUAAUGAUAAUAUUAUAUGUACUACAUCAACACCACUGAAACGAAAGAUGUUUUACUUGUCGUGCGGCGACACUGCACAUAGUGAUUCCAUUGGUAUUAUCGAAUUGACUACAAGAAUGUCAUUUCUUGGCAAAGAAAUCACUACAGCGUUUUCUGCUUCUUCUAAAUCAAAAUGCACCUCUCUACUAACAAAGGAAGAUAACGGCAUGUCCAUAUAUGCCUGUCACAAUGUCGAAAUGGAUGGACAGGGCAAGAUAAUAUUGGACGAAAAUACUCUUAAUAAAAAAGAAUUUCCAAGAAGUACCUACACAAUGUCGCCAAGGAGCUUUGAAAGUCCUAUGUCGCAACUUUCAAGUAAGCAAGGUUCAGUUAAACAAUAUAUGAACUGUAAUAACAUAAUUCAGAAAUAUCAACAAGAUAACUUAUCAAGGUAUGAUGAAAUUUUUACCAAAAUGAAUACAAAUGAGUUAAAAAUUAGAGUUCCAAAAACAACUAAAAUAGAACGAAUGGGUAAAUACGAUAGGAUACAAGAGUUAUGUUCUUGUGAAGACACUCCCUACAACACGGGCGAUCAGAUACAAUUCGAAUUACCGAAUGAUGUGUGUUAUCCUGAUAAAUCUCACAAUACAUAUUCAUCAAAUUUAAAAUAUACAUAUAAAAAUUGCAAUAGAACAUGUGAUAAUAACGAUAGAAAAAUAAUAAACAUCACACCUUCAAACUGCCCGGUACCUGUUAAUAUGGAAAAGAAAGUUCAUCCUCAAAAUGAUGUAUUUAUUCUGAAAAUAGGAAAGAAACUUGAAACAAGAGACAAGAAAACAGAUCUAGAAAUAGAACUCGUAACACCAAAAGCUCCUCGCGAAAAGCCAAACGAAAACAAUCAUAUAUCGCAACAGUGCAGUGCUAGUGUGUUGAAAGAUAACCAAAAUAAACUAUCGGCAUCUCAUGACAAGAAAGAGAAAAAGAAAGCAAAGAAAAGCAAAUCUAAAUUAUCAAAUAAAAAAACUGGUCUUGGUGAAUUUCGAAUUAGGGACUUGAAUGAUGAAAUCAACAAACUUAUGCGAGAAAAGCGUCACUGGGAGGUACAAAUAAAAGCGCUAGGUGGACCUGAUCAUGCUCGAGUUGGGCCUAAGAUGUUAGACCAAGAUGGCAAAGAAGUACCAGGAAAUAGGGGCUAUAAAUAUUUUGGAGCUGCUAAAGAUUUACCAGGUGUGCGAGAGUUAUUCGAACAAGAGCCGCCGGCAGCGCCGAGGAGGACGCGGGCAGACCUCAUGCGAGAUGUGGACGCGGACUACUAUGGAUAUAGAGACGAUGAUGAUGGGUUAUUGUUGCCAUUAGAGCAGGAAGCUGAAAAAGAAGCUAUUGUAAGGGCAGUUGACGAAUGGAAAAGAAAUAAAGAACAUGAUAAUGAUCAAGAUAUGCCCGAGGAAGAAAAUAUUUACCCAGAAGAUCCCGAAGAUAAGAGAUUAGAAGAGGACGAGGAAGAAGAAGUGACGUCACACGUCGCGGUCCCCUCACAGCAAGAUAUACAGGAAGCAUUAUUAAGAAGGAAAAAACAGGAACUUCUAGAAAGAUAUGGUUGUCUAGACGUAAAAAUAGAAGAAAGC